GGCUCGCGCGCAGGCGCUAUUCGGAGCUUCUUUCCGCGAGUGUGUUGUGCUGCCGGGAGCCCCGGUGUCCUCGAGUGGUUCUCUUAAGGUUCCUCUCCCUCUCCGUCCGGGACUCAGGGUCGCCAGUGCCCCUUCCCAGAGCCCUCUCCAGCCCUUGCCCAGGCCGAGCCAGGCGCGGUCCCUACCCUCUGACCCCGCGUUGCACAAUGCCCGAUCAAAGUCCCCGGGCGUGUGAACCCCAGCGUCCCUGCCCCUGGGCGGAGACAGGCGGCAGCCGCGCGGAGAGCCGAGGCGGGGAGCGCAGCGGGUUCAGAGCACCGGCCCCGGCCCCGCGAGCUCCCCGCGAGCUGCCGCCGCAGACCCCCACGCCGCUCGGGCCCGCUGCCCGCCGCUUCCCUCGCAGGCCCCGCCGCCGCAGCCAUGGCGGAAGUUCAUAGACGUCAGCAUGCCCGGGUUAAAGGAGAAGCCCCCGCGAAAUCCUCCACACACAGACAUGAGGAGGAGCUGGGGAUGGCGUCGGCCGAAACGCUGACCGUAUUCCUGAAGCUGCUGGCCGCCGGCUUUUACGGCGUGAGCUCUUUCCUGAUCGUGGUGGUCAACAAGAGCGUGCUCACCAACUACAGAUUUCCCUCUUCACUGUGUGUUGGACUUGGCCAGAUGGUGGCCACAGUGGCAGUACUCUGGGUGGGAAAGGCACUCAGAGUAGUCAAGUUUCCUGACUUUGACAGAAAUGUACCUCGAAAGACGUUUCCACUACCUCUACUAUAUUUUGGGAACCAAAUCACGGGACUGUUCAGCACAAAGAAACUGAACUUGCCAAUGUUUACAGUUCUGAGAAGGUUCUCCAUCCUGUUUACAAUGUUUGCUGAAGGAGUUUUACUCAAGAAGACUUUUUCUUGGGGUAUUAAGAUGACUGUAUUUGCAAUGAUUAUUGGAGCCUUUGUAGCAGCAAGCUCUGACUUGGCAUUUGAUCUGGAAGGAUAUAUUUUUAUUCUGAUCAAUGAUGUCCUGACAGCAGCAAAUGGUGCCUACGUAAAACAAAAAUUAGAUUCAAAAGAGCUGGGAAAAUAUGGUCUGCUCUAUUACAAUGCACUGUUCAUGAUUCUGCCCACCCUGGCCAUUGCAUAUUUUACGGGAGAUGCCCAAAAGGCAUUGGAUUUUGAAGGCUGGGCUGACACCCUCUUUCUUCUGCAGUUCACCCUCUCUUGUGUGAUGGGAUUUAUCUUGAUGUAUGCUACAGUACUUUGCACUCAGUAUAAUUCUGCUCUUACAACUACAAUAGUUGGCUGUAUUAAGAAUAUAUUAAUAACUUAUAUUGGAAUGGUCUUUGGUGGAGAUUAUAUUUUCACUUGGACAAACUUCAUUGGCUUAAAUAUCAGCAUUGCUGGGAGCCUGGUAUAUUCCUACAUCACCUUCUCUGAAGAGCAGCUGAGCAAACAAUCAGAAGCCAGUAGCAAGCUGGACAUUAAGGGGAAAGGAGCAGUAUGACAAGGGUUGCAUCGACUGCAUUGGCCCAAGUUUUUGAUCAAAUGAGAACACUGGCAAUUCUUAUACAGAUACUGAGGUGUCUUGAUCAUGAAGAAAAGACCAUUGCACUUGUACAAUCUGAGGAUUGAUUGCUGCCUUUUAAAAUUUUAUGAGAGAAACUUAUAAUUGACUCUUUUAAAUAUGCCCUUAGAAUUAAUUUAUAUCAGACUGGAAAAUGUACUGGGCUUUUUUAUUUAUUUUUCUUCUAUGCCGACAGUGAAACAUCCAUGUUUUGAAAAUAUUUUAUUCCAUAGUCUGAUAUCCAGGUGCCCCUGAGAGCCACAUAUCUAAAGCGUUCCAUCAGGAGCCUCACUGUUCACGUCAUUGCUGAGUCUGGAGACAGUUUGGCCUUCCUUCUGCUGGAAAUGCACCUGAGGAUCUGAAGUUAGUCGUCUUUGAAUUUUCUUUCUUAACGAUUGUCUUUUCUUCAUGAGGCUACCAUCACUGCUUUGGCCAAAGAGGACAUCUUUGGCACUAAAGAAAUGUGUGUGGCUUCAAAGUGUAUUGGUUUCUACAUUGGCUUUCCUGAGAGCUCAUGGGAUGAAGUAGGGUGUGUUCCUUGAAAAUGUCCUAUUCCCUCUAUGUUGUGUAGGAUAAGGAAAAUGAAGGGGUGAAGGAAGUAGACCUUUUACUCAUUUUAUUCAUCUGUCGGAGUCAGUCAUUCAACUAAAAGGUAUCGUGCGUGUAAUAGGUGCCAGGCAUUGUGCUGAGUGCUGGGGGUGGAGAGAUGUUCUUAGAGGUAGUUGCCUGAUCUUGCUCCUGCUAUAGUGACCAAGGGUAAGACUGAGAACUUAGCUCCAUGGAUUUAUUCAGAAGAUGUUGUGACUGUGAACAAGUCUUGGAGGUUUUCUCAGCUCUCAGAAACUGCAAAUCUAUAUGCAGGAUUAGAAGCACAGCUCCACAGCGAUGUGAAGCCAAAUGCUGCAGUGUACAUCAAAUGCAUAUGAACCCUGCCAUCCUAAACCAUGAGCUCAGCUGUUCUUGCCCGAGUGAGAAUGGCAUGCUGGGAACAUGACCUCCAUCUAUUUCCCCUUGCUUCCUGCCUCUGGGUUUUGUUGCUGCUCUUUUUACUCCUGCUUGAAUCAGUAUGGCCAGCCUUACAUUUCUGAGUGUACGAUUCGAGGGGAAGGGCUGGUGAGAUGUUCUGUACGGUCCGGGCUUGGACUGCGCUGCUGGCACCGUCAGUGUUGGAGCCAUCAGCUUCCUUCCUCUCCUUCAGUGGCAUGAGCAUAACCUCUUUCCUUUGGACGCUCCUGCCACAUCCCACAUUAAUGAGCAGGCCUGCCUCUCUCAAGGUCAGUGCUGCAUCCUGGGAGAGCAGCCGUGGAUGGGCCUUGCCUGAAUUGCCUCUUUGGGCAGGUCGGGUGUUAACUCAAACACAGCAGUGUGACUUGGCUUAGAGACAUCCAUUGACUUGGGAGAUAAAUGCUCAGGCCAGCUGUGCAGUCAUGUGCAGGAAGCUGGCUACCUUUGCGUUGGUGUACAUAAUGGUUUUCAUUUCAUCAGGUUUGCAAUCUGCUGGCCUUUGUUGACCUAAACAGCUAGUAUUCUGGUGCCUCAACAGGGAACCUGGAAGGUUUUGAUUUCGUCCUAUUUUUGAAAAAGAGUUAUAUUGAGGUCCUUUUCAUAUUCAUAUCUUUCCCUUAUUUUUGGUUUGUCUUUGUCAAAGCCUAGCCAGUGGUGCUGGGUCCCUGGAAUUAGCCUCAUAGCCAACUCUCAAGUUAGUAGCUCCAUAUAGGGAGUCCUGAGACACUGUUUCCUAAUAUUAUGUGAGCUGAGGAAGUUUAAGUGGGAGAAUAGGAUAUUAUGUUGUGCAAGAUAUCAUCUUAUCCCUGUUUUAUUGAUAAGAAAGACUCGGAGAAAGAUGACUUGCUAAUAAGUCAGAAUUCUGUUUUUUUUCCACUGAACUGUGCUGCCAUUGAUAACCCCACCUUCUCCUCUGAGGAAGUAGUGGUGCCAGCUGAGCUAGCCUGAGCUCUUUGGAGGAGGCGAGUGGUUGAUGGAAUUUAGAGUCCGCAAGGAAUAGGCUUUGUGCGUCAGAGAGAGUGAUGGGCUCUCUGCGUGCCUGAGCUUCUGUCUUACUCCAGGCUGGCCAUGGGUGACACGCACUCCUGCCUAUGAAUUUUGCUGCCCCUGCCCACUUUUGCCUGGGGACAAGGGGAAUGCAUUUUGGGAGCUAAUUUUGGUAGUUCUGUUCCUUCUUCUUUGAGCUAUUGGGAGGAGGGAACUUUGACAUUAGAAAUAGUUUGUGUGCAUUCAGAGAUGUUGGACUAAGACCCACUCCACCCGCCCCCAGCCCUGCCAAGUGUUGAACUGCUUCUUGGAGAGUCGGUUUCCUUGAAGAUGUGCCAUCUCUCUAGGUCUUAUUUGAGAAAAUCGUGCUUAGUAAUAACUUCACUAAAUGCACAUGACAUUAGGGCCCAUGGCCUAGACUGAGCUUUCUGACUGAUGCAGCGGAGCAGCUUCAGGCUCUCUGCCCUGUUCAUGUUGAUUGUUGGAUUCCCCUUCACCUGCCAUCAACAUCUUAAGAGCAAGAAGCCUGGGGAGGUUGGAGAUUGAAUAGACUGACCAACCAUUUUUGUAGUUUGUUUUCAGUUAUGUGCAGGCUUGGUUAUGGCACAGGAAGAGAUGUGCCUGGUAUUCCAGCAUCUUACAAAGCAAAAGUUCUUUGAUCUGGAGAUUGAAUAGACUGACCAACCAUUUUUGUAGUUUGUUUUCAGUUAUGUGCGGGCUUGGUUAUGGCACAGGAAGAGAUGUGCCUGGUAUUCCAGCAUCUUACAAGCAAAAGUUCUUUGAUCUGGAAACUACCUCCUGGGAGAAAAAUCCUGAAUUUGCCCUUUGAGACAGAUGAGCUGUGGUGAGGAUGCUGAAAACACAUUUGUAACUAGUGGCUCCUUUUUUUGAGUUAAUAACAGCGAUGCUCUCUUUGACCAGUCUGUUUUUAAGGCAGUGCCAGAUUGAUUUGAGUAACCUGAUUGGUCAGGUUACACGUUGCCAGCACGUCAGGUGAUUUUUAACUCCUUCGCGUGACUGUUGACUGUAGGACUCAGUCAUUUGUAGGAUCCAGCUUGCACAUAGGUUAAGAAAGAGAAGUAUGUUUUGCGUUUGUUCUUUAUAGUUCUUAUUGUAUCAGCCAUGCAUGGAAAGUUCACAGCAGUAAUGCUGAUAUAGGAUCUUCAUGGAGAGAAGAGUAGAGUUUCACUUUUGACUAGUUUGAAGUAGUACCCAGGAUUUUGGGCAGGCCUACCUUUAUUUUGGUUGUUAUGGCAUCUUUCAGUGAGCAGAGAUUGACUAUUUUAUGCCAGGCAUUAUGUGAAGCUCUGCGGCAGCUGAGGUGAAGAGGACGUGGUUCUCAUUCUCAAGGAACGUAUAAUUCUUUAGCCAGACCCCGAUUGAGAGAAAGCAGCAGAUGAAAGGAGUCAGCGACUGAUGAGUAGAAGCUGCCUGCAUGGUUGUCAGCACUGGUGAUUAGGGUGUCCCACCCAUAGAGUUGACCGAAGCACUUCUUUAAGAGGACUACACUAGUCCUCUAGCUCUGAGAUGAGAGCCAGGCCAUUCAAAUUCUGUGACUCCCCGGGUCCCUCUGCUCUCUCCUGCAUGUAUUCUUGCUUCCCCUUAGCUGUGUACUACUGGUUCCUCCCUAUGAACAAGGCUGUGAUUGAUUUUUCUGUCCAUGAGGGAAAAAUAAUAAUCUUCAAAAUAAAUAAGGCAAAGGAUGCAGACUCCUCAGCACAAUGCCUCGUGCAUAUUAGGCACUCAGCAAACGUUACUGUCAUGAUUUCAGGGUUAGACUGUAGGCAAAGAUUAAGAGUCUUAAUUUGUGCUCCUUCAAUGCUAGAGGCCUGGGCAAUGUAUUUCUUUUUGAAUGUGACCCUAUAAUUUGGUUGCUUCUAGAAUGGUUAAAGAAGAGUUUCUGCUCAUGGUCAACUUUUUAAAAUAUCUAGUGUGUAUAGUUGGGCUAUUGUAUGAUGCAGGUGAUUCUACCUUUAAACAAGAUUCUAUUCUUUAAAAAAGAAAAAAAUGACUCUCAUAUUUUGGUAAAUUAAAAAAAAAUUAGUAUCUAUCUCAGAGAAAUAUAAUUACACUUCAGAAUGGUGAUUCCGUUAAAAGUUCCCCAGUUUGUUACCUUAAGGUAGCUCCUGUGUAGGUUGGACGUUCUUUCUUCUCAUCUCCGAAUUAAAUGCAUUAGCUUCAUGCUGCCUCUGUGUCCAGGCUUUUGUCAGUUGUUGGUAUUCGUGAACCUCUGGCAUCAUCGCUGUUUUCUAAGCCUACCUUCUAGUUCUUACUGUUAGGAUGCCACUUCAUCAUGUAUGAGGAGAUAUUCUAUGAUGGGUUUUUUUUAAGCUUUCUUUUUUGAAAAUACUUUUUAAAAAGAAAUCUACUGGUUAGAUUUUUUUUGUCUCACAAGAUGUUUUUAGAGAUUAUUUUGUUCAUAAACAUUUCUUUCUCAUGCUGAUAAUCAACUGAUUUUUGUCUACAAAUGUUGGUCUGUCACAGUAUUUUUUCAAUAUAGAUUCUAUUUACCAAAUGACCAUUUUAGUGUUUUUAAAAGGUACUGAGGAUUGAGAUAUGUAAAUCAGGUGACAUAAAUAUGAAAAUUAUGUGCCUAAAUAUUUUUGUAAAGGUGUCAAAUAAAUACUUUUUCUUCAA